AGCCCUUAUCUUGGUCCAAGCAAAACACUCGGUCCAUCCAUCCAAAACACUCGGCCCUUGUAAAGCCCAAAAUUGGACCAGCCCCAUCUCCCUCAUCUUUAGCAGCAGCACCCCACAGCCCUAAUUCUCUUCUCCCAAAAUAUUCCAAUUCUCCUCAGCGUGCAAGCUCUGCCAGCAAUCAAGGGCUCCACAUUCCAGGCGUUUACGAGUUGCAUCAGCCCGACGGCGAGAAGGCCAGCGCACGCCGGCGAGUCGAUCCCCACCAGCGACGAGGGCGAGCCAUUCACAGCGCCGGAGAGCCACCAGAUUUUCGUCAAGCAGGGACCAAGGAGACGAGCGCCAGGCAAUCCGCUACCGAAAACCACCCGCCUCCGGCGACCAGGCGUGGCUGAAGCAGACUCCUAGGGAAAUCAGGCCACCGGAAUCCCAGCGGCCAGGCGCGGCUGGCAAGCACACACGACUGGGAGAGGGCGGUCCGCGGCUGAAGCAAAACUCCCCGCCAACCGUGAACACCAAACCUCCGGCGAGAGCACCUGACCGAGAGCGACCCUGCCCGGCGACCGAGGAGUUCCUGAGCGCCUAGUAACGAGCACGCACGUCGGCUGACGAACAGACCCUUUUGGUCGCGGCUGAAGCACCAGGCUCCGGCGAGUUCCAUGCGACUCACGUCCGAGAGCAAGCAGCCGGCAGCUGAAGAGUACUCGGGCUGAGAGUCUCCAGAUUUUCGGUGAUCCGAGCACCACCCGAGAGUGAGUUUGUCGUGGCCGAGACUAGCACAACCAGAGGCUUAGAGCAACAGUAUAGCCGGGUCGUUUUCGAGAGAGUUGCAGAGACGGAAGCAAGCUUAACCAGUAAUGUUUCUCUGUCGAGUUGCAUCGAGGCUUAAGCCUGUAGCAACCAGUAGAAGAUUCUUUGCCAGUAACGGUAGCAAUGAUAUUUCCAAAGUUAUUGCUGAACUCAAUCAGAUGGAAUCUGUGUUCGGCGAACCACCAGCAUCCGACCCCAAAAGUUCUUCAAAUACUCAAGCCACUUACGCAGAAUCCCAUCUUUUAGUAAAUGACCAACCAAAAGAUGACCCGUCUACCCAGUUAACCCACAUCGGAAGCAAAGGCGAAGCCCAAAUGGUCGAUGUCUCCUCCAAAGACAUUACCAACCGUGUAGCUGUCGCUAGUUGCAAGGUCAUUUUGGGCCCAAAGGUAUUUGAUUUGGUUUUGGCCAACCAAAUGGAAAAGGGAGAUGUUCUUGGCGUUGCCAAAAUUGCUGGAGUCUGUGGGGCCAAGCAGACGAGCAGUUUAAUCCCUCUUUGUCAUAACAUCAAUCUUUCACAUGUUAAUGUGGAUUUGAAAUUGAGUUCCAGUGAUUUUAGUGUCGACAUAAAAGGCGAAGCUGUCUCGAGCGGGAAAACUGGAGUGGAGAUGGAAGCUCUGAUGGCUGUGACUUUGGCCGGUCUCACUGUGUAUGAUAUGUGCAAAGCUGCUUCAAAGGAUAUUGUGGUUACAAACAUACAGCUCGAGUAUAAAAAUGGAGGUAAAAGUGGUGAAUGGUCCAGGAAGCUAUGAUUUUUUUUUUCUCUUUUUAUUUUUUUUUUAUUUUUUCCGUUUUGAAAUGAAUGAGCUUAAUUUUUGACUCGGUUGUUAUUAUGGAUGGGACCACUACUUCUCUACAUAAAGCUCUGCAUAGGUGGUACCAACUAGCUUUUUCCUUCUUCUCUCUUUAGUUUGUGUGUAUCGUGUAUUUAACAAAUUUUGUUACUUCUCCAAGAAUCUGAUCAUCUUUGUAGUGCAUUGGCUCCUGUUAUGGUGGCUGAGCGCUUUAUAUUUUCCUUGCUCAGGUUAUGAGGUUAUGAAAGUGAAUGUGAUAAUACAAUACACAACUCAAAACAUCCUCUUGAGAUAUGGAUAUGUAGUAUGUAAUACGUUUAUAAAGUUAUAGUCAUCGAGGAAGCUUAAAAUACAAGGUGGG